AUGCGAUUUGUCUUACUCCUGGCCAUGUCCGUGCUUCUGUUUUCCAGAGCAAAUGGACACGAAAAAAGACCUCGAGCAAAGCCGAUCGCCCUCAGUGGGAGAGAAGCUAUGCAUGUGAAGAUACAAAAACGGAGCAGUUCGUCGUUUGUUCGCAAGCUUACCAAGGGCUUGAAAGCUGGAUCUACGGGGAAAUUUCCACCUCAGAAGGUAGCUUUCAAAGGGCCUUCAAAGGACUUCGAUUCGAGCUCGACCUCUCGGCCAGCUAAGAGUCAGACCGGCCCCGGAGAGCUUCCUGAUGCCCAAAUUUCUAAGUCUCGGACGGACACAGCCAAAGCGCCAGCCAGCAAAACGAUCGGCCACUCACUCAGCAACAACAACGAGACCCCCGAAAACCGUCCGAUGCCACCCUAUCGAUCAUCUGAGGCGAAGGACAAAGCGAAAACGGCAGAGAAGUAUGAAGAUGAGAAGGAAAAGUCGUCGACUGUCUCCACUCUGUUCACUGGCGCCAAGAAAGCGUUCGACAUUCUAAAACCAGAAAUCCCAAACUUGAAGGAAAAAGACCCCGUUGGCGAAACAUCUGAAGCAUCGACUCUGUUAAGUGUGAAGAACGGGGAAGCAGGACUAGUUGGGAAUCAAGACAGAGAAGCUGAAAAUAAAAUCUCCAAAACAUCUGAUUGA